AGAGCGGCGAUACGCAGGGUGAGCGCAGUCAGGUGCGCGGAGGGUCGGCGGGCCGGCCGCGGGGCAGUGGGGCGGCGCGCGGGGCAGUGCGGGGUGUGCGGGCGUGUGAGUCGUGAGUGGACCGUCGUGGCAUUGUGCCUCCUGCGUGUCGGUCGGCGGCGCCGCUCGGGAUCACGCACACCUGAGGGCUGUGCCCUGUGGGGGAGGCCUGUGGCGCGGGGCGCCCGCCUGUGGGCAGUGCCCUGUGGAGUCCGUUGGUGCGGCGGUGUGACUCUGCGCCCUGAGUGUCUGCCUCGCGGCUAACUUACCCGGCGUGCGGUGACCGCAGCCCAGCCGAGAUGGGCAGCAACGUUGUGCUGUCGGCGGGCUCGUCUCUGCUGGCGGUGGUGUCGUUCGUGGUGGGCGUGGUGGCCGUGGCGACACCCUACUGGGCCGAGUUCGAGGCCUUCAAUGGCGACGAGAGCGGCCACUUUGGGGCCUGGACGGUCUGUCGGCAGCGGCGCACCACAGAGUACCGCUGCGGUACGCGAGUCUCCAAACUGCAGCCCUCCGAGUUCACGACGGCGGCGGGCGUGUGCGGCGUGGUGGCUGUGCUGGUGGCCGUGCUGCUCUGCGUCACGUCGCCCAUGGUGCUGGCCAUGCGCGUCACGCGCCGACAGGUGGUCUUCAAGUUCCGCACGGCGCUGCUCGUCAAACUGGUCAUCAGCGCGCUCGGAGCCACCAGCUGUAUGCUGGCGUUGAUUCUGUUCAGUAUCGACAUCGACGCGCGCCGACUGGGAGAGGAGACCGGCUACUACAUCCACAAGGCGUGGUCGUUCUACCUGCUGGGGGCGUUUUUCGCCCUGUUCGUGGCCCUCUGCGUGUUCUCGGCCGGUGAAUUCGUGCUCGGCCGCCGGCUCGGCGGUGAUCCGGUCAAGUUCGCGCGCGACCCGAGCGGCUCCCUGGCCCCGGUCAUCGCCAACCGGGCGGCGCGUCACAAGCGUCCCGUGUCGCCACAAGCGGCCGGCCGGACGGUGACGGUGACGGCGCCGGUGAGCGGGCAGCAGCAGCCGGCCGUCACCACCACCGUCACCAGCAGCGGCGGCACGGUGCCGUACGACCCGCGCCGCUCGCCGCUCCGCUCCAGCCUCAAGAAGAAGCGGGCCGAGGCGCGCGAGAGCUCGGACGACUCGAUCGACUCGGGCGUGGUGAUCAUCGGUAACCCGGCGCCGGCCACGCCGCCGGCCGGCCGCAGCAAAAAGGUGCGCAUCCAGACACUGGACACGGCCGUCUGAGGCGGCGCGGACACAGGGGCGGACUGUGCAGUUGUGCACGCGUGGGUGGCUGCUGGGGGUGGGCGCAGCAGCAGCGCCGAGCGGAAGCUUGAGAGAAGGGGUUACCUAGCGGAAGUCCGGAGCGGCAUGGGUGGUGAUAUGGGACCCAGUCCGGCCAACGGCUGAGUGCUGGCCCAGUUAGAGAACGGACUGACUCAGUCCGACAACCGACUGAGAGGCGAUCUAGCCCAGGACGCCUUCUCGGUCCAGGCUGAGCGUGCACCUCUAGCUAGGCCGUCGGCAUGUCCGGAGGAGGCUGAAAUGACACCCGAAGUGGUAAGCGACACCCGAGGUAGCUGGUCAGCUAGAGCUGCUCUUCGAGAGAAAGCUGUCCAGGCGAUCGACAGUGUCAGUCGAUUCGGGCUUUUGAUCCCGCCAGUCAGAAUCGUGAGAGCAAUUAUCGAUGCUGCUUGACUGCUUGAGUGCCUGGAGGGCAGCUGAAGUGGAUGCAGAGCGGCUAGAGUACCUGUAGGACAGCCGUAGUACCUAGAGGGCAGCUCCGUA